GUCUGCUAGUGUUGGAGAGAAGAGAAUACACUACAGUACUACAUGGCGAAGCAGCAGCAGCAGGGCAUGGCGGCAGUGGCGCUGGUAGUGCUGGUGGUGCUGGCGACGGCGGCGGCCGAGACGGCGUCGGCGGCUUCGUGCAACGCCGGGCAGCUGGCGGCUUGCGCGCCGGCGAUCACGGCCGGCGCGAGGCCCUCCGCGUCGUGCUGCUCCAACCUCAAGGCGCAGCAGGGGUGCUUCUGCCAGUUCGUGAAGAACCCCACCUACGGGCGCUACAUCAACAGCCCCAACGCGCGCAAGGUCGUCGCCUCCUGCGGCGUCUCCGUGCCGCGCUGCUAGUACGUGUACGUGUGUGCAAUGUGCAUGCAUGUACGUGCGCACGUGGGCUGAUCUUCCUGCUUGUUUCGUGCCUUGCCGCGCGCUAUCAGGUGGUUGUGUCACUUUUCUGUUUAGUCUCUCUACAUGUGUACUGGUCUCGUGUACCGCUCCUCUAUAGUCGUGUCGUGUUGUCGUGUACGGGCUAAUUAAUAUAUAUAUAUACGAGGAAUAAAGG